AUGGCAAAGUCUCUGAGUUCUCUCACAGUAGUGACGAAGCUGGUGAUCGCAGCAGAACCUUGGAACAUAGACCCCCAGGUGCCACCGAUCCCUUGGAGAGAAAAUAUCUUCCAGGACCUGUCCAAGAGGCCACUUGUCGUCGGAACAAUGCUGGAUGAUGGUGCAGUCAGAGUGCAUCCACCAAUUGAGCGACUAUUUCGUGAGCUUGUUACCAGACUCAAGGCCGCCGGCCACGUCGUUGUCGACUGGGACUCAAGUUUGAACUCCACGUGCAUUGAGAUAAUGGACGAAUACUAUGCCGCGGAUGGAGGCGAGGAUAUUCGAAGAGCCGUUGCCGCAGGUGGCGAGCCCUUCGUUCCGCAGAUUCAAGCAUUCGUCGAUCGCGGUCGACCAAUCUCGGUCUACCAAUACUGGCAACUGAACAAGGAGAAGGUUGCAAUUCAACAGGCCUAUCACGAUAUGUGGGACAGCAUACGGUCUCCGUCGGGACGACUUGUGGAUGUACUCCUUGUCCCUAUCAUGCCACACACGGCGGUACCUCAUGGAUCUUGCCGCUGGACUGGGUACACCAAGCUGUUCAAUAUUCUGGAUUAUACGGCUUUGACCUUCCCAGCCGGAAUGGCCAGCGAUGAUCUAGACAAAAAGCGCCCCGGGGAUCACGCUCCGCGCAAUGCCCAUGACGCUUGGAACUGGAGACUCUAUGACCCUUCAACAAUGGAUGGCUACCCUGUCGGGUUGCAAAUUGUUGGGCGUCGAUUUGAAGAAGAAAAGGUCUUGGGAGCAGCUCGACAAAUUCAGCAGCUGUUGUAG